AUGUUUUUUGGAUGUUCAGUGGAGGAAAAUGAGAAAAUGCCUGCAAUUUUGCUAAAUCAAGAGUCUCAGCUAUUGUCGACUGGAAAGAAUGUCAAUGCAAAGAUUAUCAUGCAAUGGACCAUCUUGUUAAUGAGGGAGGAUAUUACAAGAAAGUCGUCUACUUAUUCUCACCUUGAAGAAGUGGAAGCCAUUGGCUGCAUAUUUGAUAUGACACAAGAUGAGGCUGCUCGACAGGCAUCCAACUUUGUCAUGGACUCUAACCUCAUAGUUAAAUUGGGUCAUGACCACAAUGAAUUUAUAGAGGGAGUAGGGGCUUAUGAAAUUCUACUUUCAAAGCUGAAUGAGGCUCCUGUGACCAUUACAGGAGGAUGUGGCCAAUUAUGGUACUGGAGAAAACUUCAAAGUUUGGGCAUUGACCCAAAGAAGUCUAGUGGCAGAAGCUUCUUGACUAUGCUUUCCAGUAUAAGUUUAUGA